AUGUCGACGCCCGACGAGCUGACUGUCCUCAUUCAGAACCUCCAAAAAUGCAACAACACGAGUGAAUCGAUCAACUUCGACCUGGCGAGGACCAUCCAGGAGUUUCUCAACUGCCUGGACAAAAAUGUACUGGAGGAGCUAGAAGGCGGAAUACACGAAAGAGGAAUACACGAAAGAGGAAUACACGAAAGAGGAAGGGGGAGGGAGAGUGACAAGGGGAGAGACAAUGAGCGAGACAAGGAACGGGACAAGGAACGGGACAAUGAGCGAGACAGAGACGUGGCGAACAGCUUCACCUCAGCUGCCAUUUUUGUGGAAAACUGCGUCAAAAUCUUCGGCCUAAAAAUCGAGCACUUGCACAAUUUGGCCCAUAACACGCUGUACAAUAUUUACAAGGAUAACAGACAUAACAAUGCAGGGAAGAAGCACAUCGUUAUGUCCGAUGAGGAGGAGUAUCUGUUCAUUAACGAAGUAAAAAAUUUAAAGAGUUGCCCCGGGGAAAACGAGCCAUGCAUGGAGGACGACCUGCUCAUCAAGACAAUCCCGCUGCCCACCUUUCUCUUUUCUGAAAAUGUGAAGAAGAAGGAAGGCUCUGUGGAAAUGAGAGAAAGCAUGGCUACGCCCAUUGGCAUAGGUACAGACAUGGGCGUGAAUAUGGACGUGAACAUGGGCGUGAACAUGGGCGUGGAGAGCGAGCUGGGCACUGACUUGAGCAUCUCCCACCGCAACGCCGAUGGUGGGGGCGGUGACGAUCGCAAGGGGAACUCCAGCACGUUAAGGCAAAGCGAAGAAGCUACGAGUGAGGCGAACGAGACGAACGAGACGAACGAGACGAACGAGACGAACGAGGCGAACGAGGCGAACGAGACGAACGAGGCGAACGAGACGAACGAGGCGAUCCAGACGAACGAGGCGAUCCAGACGAACGAGGCGAACGAGGCGAACGAGGCGAUCCAGACAACCGCGGCAACCGCGGCAAUCGCGGCAUGGGCGAAGGGGGAAAAUGACGGGCUAGCCGACGAAGCGGAGGAGGUGCUCGAACAAAACUUCAUAAAACCGCUAAACUUUGACAAAAUGUAUCUCGAAAACGAUGGAAUUCUCCUCCUAGAUAUCAACGAUUACAACAUUUUCAUAAAUGACCAAUACGAUUUUUCCAUCAUAAACCAAAACAGUUCCAUGCUCUUCGAAAAGUACGACUUUUCUUGUUCCAGACACUCAACAUAUUUGUCUCCUGUCAAUCUGACGAAAUAUAUUGAAAAGGAAAAGACAGUAAACGACAUUUACAAGCCGUACAAUUUUAAUGACCUCCUGAAUGAGGAAUUCUGCUCAGAUUUAUUCCUAUUUAAGACUGACUUCUUCCAUUAUGAUCUCGCCCUAGGUAUUAUCAAAAGCAAAAAAUAUCUCAUGAACAGGUUUAAAGAACAGAAGAAGUACCUAUAUACCCUAUUUGAACAAAUAAAAAUCCCACACAUCUAUGUGCAAAAACUGGGGCUCAACUUCGACUACUACCACUUGGAACCCCUCAUCUACAACUUAAUAAAAGAAUUGAAGAAAAAAAAAAACGUCGAAAAAUACUUCUCCAUAAAUCUGUUCGACGAGAAGAACAACUACGACUUCGACAUUUUGCAGGACGAAGAGUACGUCGAUGAUCAGAAUGAAGAAAAUACAAUCGCCGAGGGGGAGUGCAACUUAACCACUGAAAAAUUCCUAGAUGUGCGAUCCCUAAAUGGUGGCAUGGUGGAUGGCAUGAUGAAUGGCAUGAUGAAUGACAUGGUGGAUGGCAUUCCGCUGGAUGUGUUUGAAAAAAAGGACUCCUCCGAUGCCUUUUUCGCUUCCUUCGACGAGGAUAUUCACGACAGAGUCACCAAAUGGAACGCCUUCCUCGAAGAGAAACUCCAACUCCUCAGGAGCCACCCCAAAUAUGAUGUAGAUGUGUACAAAAAAAAUAUCAUCCAUUACACCAUCAACAGCGGAGAAAAAAUCCCCCUCUCCAAUCUCAUCAAAAAUAGGGAACCCUACCAAGUCUGUAGGAAUUUUCUCACCACCCUCAUGUUAAUCAACACAGAUAUGCUUCAAAUAAGUCAAGUCAAUCGGAACAGCCAAUCCAACGACGUAAGUAACUACCAAAUUAAUGUGAAAAAGGAAAAUGUACAGGAAUACCUUGGCUCAUCGAAAAAGUUUAAAAAUGCUACUUUUGUCAUAGAGGAUAAGAAGAGAAAGACCGCUUCCAAGGGGGGGACGCGGAAUGCCAAGCCAGCCAAAAAGAAGCUGCACAGAGAUUAG